AUGAAUGCAACGUUGCUGAACCAGACUUGGUCUAAUGAAAGUGAGACAACCUUGCAAAAUGUCACUACCACCAUGGAUGAUGUGAAACCAACAAAGAAUUCUCCAAUGUCAUCUAUAGAUUGGGAAGGUGAGAAAAAAGCAAUGUACAACAUAGAGAUCAUUCUUCAUUGUAUAUUUCUAGUUGUUGGAUUGGUUGGCAACAGUCUCACAAUAGCUGUACUUAUCUAUAAGAAAUGGAAAAACAUAGCAUCCAGACAUAUAUUGAUAGCAUUGGCAGUAUCUGACACAGCCAUGAUUUGCAGUCAUACAUUCAACCAAGAUUUUCUUCAAGAUCUCUUUAAACUUGAUGUUAGGGCAUUUUCCGAUAUAGGAUGCAAGAUAUUCUAUAUAUUCUAUCGUACUUCAAAAAUGACCUCAUCAUGGUUUAUCGUAUUUCUCUGCAUUGAAAGGUUUGUAGCUGUUAAGUUUCCCCUCAAAGUUAAAAUCAUCAUUACUGAAAUGAGGAUAAAAGUUUACAUCAUUGUUGUCUAUCUUACUAUGACUGGUUUUGCUAUAAUACUGAGUUUCUCAACAGCCACUGAAAACAUGAUUUGUAAAAAGGACGCUAUGGUAUCAAAUGAGAAGCAAAUGUUUCAAGCAUUGAUGUUGGUCGAGAUGUUGCUGUAUUCCGUAGGACCAAUUUGUCUCAUGUCAGUUCUAACACCUAUCAUUAUCCUACAACUGUACAAACGAUAUCAGUAUAAGAAAACUCUCACCAAUAAUGUGCAAACCGAGACAGGAAAAGAACGUGAAAUUCAGCAAUUGCAAGAGCUACUUCGGACAACAACUGUUCUCAUUUCAGUUGUGGCAGCUUUUAUCAUAUGUGUGACACCAAUUACUGUUUUCCAGCAGGUAAAAUUCUGGCUACAUAUUAAAAAGAAAGAGAUGGAGAGAACAUAUUCUAUCUUUGUGUUCAGGGAGACUUCACAACGUUUAGAACAGAUCAAUUACAGCAUCAAUUUCUUUCUGUACAUUUUAACUUCUAACACAUUCAGGAAGACAGUGUUGGAAAUGUUGCAUUUAAAACAGAAUAUAGAAAGAACAUCAUCAAAAAGUCAAACUCAGCUGACAAAUAUAGAGAGAGCCAAAGCAAAAAGGGCAGCACUAACAAGUAAUACUGAAGACACAUGUAAUGAAGGAGACUCAAUCUGUACAGAAUCAUUCUGUAAUCAGCUUGUAUCACGUAUAACUACACACCCAUUAAACAUAGACGGAACAAACUGCACAGAAAUAUCAGAAAAUAACACACAGACAAGAGCAGAAAUAUCAAGUAAUCCAAAGACAUUGCAAAAGUCAGGACAAGAAAACAACCAACAAGAGAACAACCACCCAGAAACAACCUGUAAGGAAACUGUCAGCCUGUCAAGUACUGCACAGAAUAAUGAUCACUUGCUACCACCUGGCACUGUCAAACCAACUGAUACUGACAUAGUAGACAACAAUGAUAAGUUAGACGACAACUUUUACCCAAUCUGCACACAUGAACAAGCUGUCAACAAUUUACCAGUACAGGUUGGUCAACUAGAUUCACAUGAAAGUAGUUUAGAUUCAGACUUCACUGAUGGAAAAUAA